ACGCGGGCACAUACACACGACAGCACGGCGGUGGAAAAAAGGCGAUUUGUGUAUUUUUGCUGCCGCGAUUUUUGGGUCCCAAAUUAGGAGCUACGACGAGCCCCCCCGCCAGGAUAUCGUCGUCAUCGGAUUUGGGGGUUAGACGGCACGUGCUCGAACGAGUGACCGUUUUUUUUGCCGUCGUGGAACUCUCGCCCAGCUCCGCACGAUCCGUCGCAAAGUCAGCCAGAGGAAGCAGCACCAACGAGGCGCCUCGAGGACCGUUUCUACUCCGUGGCAGCAACACCGGACGCCCGUGUCACGCCCCCCUUUGCCGACCACCGCACGAACAGUGACUUAAAAAUUGCUUUUCGUCCGAAAAGGCAACAGCCACCGCGCCGGCACCAACAGCAGCAGCAGCAGCAGCAGCAGAUGGCCCAUCCGCCCUUCAUGGAUUUGCCGAGGAACCUGCACGACUGCUACUUCUUCUACUACUCGACAUGUAAGAAGGGCACCAGCUGCGAGUACCGCCAUGAGCCGGCGGCCCUUGGCCAUGAGAAGACGUGCAAGAUGUGGGCGGAAGGCAAGUGCUACAACCGCACGUGCACGAUGCGCCACAUGAAGAUCCAGAGUCCGCGCUCGGCCACACCGUGCUUUUGGGAGGAUCAGCCGGGCGGCUGCCGUAAGCCGCACUGCGUGUUCCAGCAUAAGAACGCGCGGCCGAACCAACCGACAACGAGCAACGUGGGAGUGCCAGUGCAACCGGCGCCCGCCCCCAAUGCCGCCCCGACUGCCCAUCUGAUGCACUCGAGUUCGCCGGCCGUUCUCCUGGACUAUAACUACACCAUUUUGCCGAGAAUCAUCUAAGCAGCCCGCAUGAUCUAAGCAGUCCGUCGUCAUCGUUCGUCGUGGUGUUGGAGAUCGAACAGCGGCAAUGAUGGCGUCCGUCACUCACGCCCAGGAUGAGCUGCCAGGAUGUGCUAUCGGUUGAUUGAGUGACGAUUGCGUGCGCCGAUAUUACUACCAUCAGAUCGAUCGAAAGCCGGUGCCGGAUUCCCACGGCGCCAUACUUGGUCGCUAACGUUGCUGCUGUGGGUGUGAGUGGGAGAUUAGUGUGAACCGCCCGCCGGCCAGCGGCCUCCAACCCCGGCAGCAGCCUGGUGAUCUUGUGUACCACAGCAGCUUUGCUUUUCACCGUUUCCCGCUCCUUCCACACGGCAGAACGUAUUUAUUUUAUAUUUAUAUAUUGUUUUCCCACUGUUUAUCGUUAUCAUUAGGCGGCGCGCGAUCACGUGAAUUGAAAAAAGUAGAAACGUUUUGGACAGCAAUAAGAAUUAACAGGUCAAAUGGCCGUGGAUCGGUCGAUCGUCGCUUUGAGUGAAUCGGCAAAUUGCAAACUUAGCCAAUCAACCAACCACCAUUAUGAAGGCAGGAUGAUGAGGAAGAAGCAUUAGGGAGUUGUGGAGGAAAGUUAGACAUGCUUAGACCCAAAGGGUUAGGUUUUCAUCCAAAUUUAUCACAGUUCAAUUAAAACCGUUUGCUAUCCCUGCCCCUCCCCACUCUCCACAGCGCAGACCGUGCUCUCCUGGGUCUGGUUGCAAAGCAUAAUACCAUGAGUGCAUUAAUCCUUGUAGUUAUGCGGAAUAUAGUUGUAGUUAAUUUCAUCAUUCUUAUCAUUAUUAGCACUUUUUUGUUUAUGUUUUUUUUUUCACAAAAGAAUUUACUCCACAAUAGCUGGUUAUUUCUCAUUUGCAGCUAAACGGGGUAGCGAGGAUUUAGUGAAGGCAGACGAAAACGGUUUUAUUGGGAAAUUGGGAAAUGGUUUUAUUUUCAUCAAACAUCUCUUCCCAUCCCAUCCGCACGAUAUCACAGUCGGCACAUUCGAGCGUACGGAUAUCUCUUUUCAAGCAUGCACCGUAGCAUAAUGCAAUGCGAUAGUUUACUAGAUCAAUAUCCUUAUCCUAUACGGUAGCCUUUCUCCCUCAAGCGCUGUUUCUGUUUUGCUAUGGUUUUGGUUUCUGUGUCUUGUUGCUUUCUCGGCGAAGGAUUGGGAUCUUAUAGUUCCUUGUGAGUGGAAGGGUGUUCGGAAAAGAAAGGAAGAGGAAGCUAGCAGAGGAAAUAGUAAACCAAGAUAGAAGAUGGUGAAAUGAACUUUCAUAAAUCGGAUCACGUGAAAUCCAUAGAAAAGAAAUCGAUCGAAACACGGUUCGGAGGAUCGGUUCGUGUCAGUGCAAAAGCGAACAACCGUUAUGUGUGUGCCCCCGGAGUAUUGUGAGUACAGGCGUUGGAGUUUUGUUGGUACAAGAGUUAGCUAAAAUGAUACCCCCUGCCCCCAUUCACACGCAAAUAAAUGGAGCAAAUGAGCAUAAUAGUAAUCAAUAGUUACGGUCGGGAGAAGGCUAGAAUUUGCACCGUUAGCAGUGGAGCGUAAAGAAUCGAGCGUUAGAAAUAAAUUAAAGGGUAAAGGUAAGACGAGGCGAGAGGUGAAGGAAAGCGAGAAAGCGGGAGAGGGUAACUAAACAUUUUAAAUUCAUUAAUAACAAAAUAUAACCACGGUAUAGUAAAAGAAAUUACAGAACAGACGAAUGCAUAGCGCUUUGCAAACACUUUUGCCACUGCCGAUGCGUGGUGGCAUGGCUGGGCGCAGUCGGAACCGCCGCUAGUUUCGUUUCUCCUCUUCCACCAUCCGUUAAAGCAAGUACGCGUAUCGACAGGGCGGUAGGUAGUAGUAGGUUGAUUCCGGAGCGUGGACGCCUUUUUGUUUCUUUGCCAAACACUUGUUACAUUACCUUCGUUUGAGCUGAACCGCCUGCGGAGAAAGGAAAGGAAAGCAGGAAGAAAGGGAUCCAUUAUCCCUCGAACAGGUAUGACGCCAGUAAAACAAAAAAAACAAUAAAACAUCUUAUAAGAAAGCAUCUUAUCUAGCAAAAGGUUUCUUUCGAAUUGCAAUGCAUUCUAAAAAAAAUUGAAUACCCAGGAUAAGAGUUAAAUUGCAUUGGGCGCAACAAAAAAAACACACAAUGGACUAUAAUCAUAAAAUUUAAACGUAAUAAAACAGUAAUCAAUGGA